CCCUGACGGAGCGGGGAGGCCGGGCCGCGGCCAUGGCUGAGGAAGGAGCCGCUAAACUGCGCCUCAAACCCAGGAAGGCGCCGGCAGCGUACAGCCGGGAGCCCAGCCCUGGCUUGGAGCCCCCCCGGCGGCGCCAGGCAUUGGCUGACAGAAGUUCCUGGUUUGAAAAAGAUGAUUUAAAUGAGUGUGAAAAAACAUGGAUUUUGCUACUGAAGAACAUAAGUCAAGAUUUACAAUGCACAAGUUGGCAAGCAGUGUCCAGUUUUCCAGAGUUCUUUGGAAAGGUCGAGAGCUCUGCGAAAGAGAGUCUACAAAAACAAGAAGUCUUUAAAAUUGGAAUGAAAGACUUUGAAUGGAUAUCUUUUCCGUCUUUUUGCAAAGAAGAAUUUUUAAAAACAGAGGAUCUUAGCUCCCCUCAGCUAACAGAAAGCCAGAUUGACUGUUUACCUGAAGAACAGGGCCAAGCAGAUGAACUGAAAAGUCUACCUUCUACAGCUGAGAAAAUAGGCUGUGUAACUGCUACAGAUCAGACCAAAAAUACGGUUGGGGAGGACACACAAAGUACUUCAAAAAUGGCUGUAAAUCUUAAAUCGCAUAAAGUCACUCAGCAUAAUACUUCUACGUGCCACUCGACGUUGUCACAAGGCGCUGCAAAAGCUCUAAACUUUCAGCAGCACUGCAGAGGGACUGUACACAACAGCAAGGAAAACAGAAAACAGGAUAAGAAAGAGCAUCAAGCACAAAUGCAUCAAAGCAGUAUUUCAUUUGGUAAGGCCAAGACUGUGCCCACAGAAAAGAAGCCACCUCUUGUGAGCACGCCUGGAACUGAAAGCUGCAAGGAGAAGACUGCAAACCAGAGCGAAGGCUCUUUAACUCUCAACAGCUGUCCAAUGUGUCAGAUUCAGUUUAGUGCAACGAUGUCGCAAUUGGAUAUUGACAGUCAUCUCGCUAGAUGCUUGUCUGAAAGCGCCGAUGAUAUCGUGUGGUAAAGCCAGGAUGAAGAGCAAACGCACAAGCUGAAGAUGAACCUUUCUUGAAAGCAAAGGAGAAAAGUUUGUCAAGGAAACAGGUCCUUGUCUCAAACUUCUUGAAUGAUCAUAAAUCAGUAACUGAAAGGAAGGUCAAGUGCCACCUGCCUGUUGUUUGGGGACUUAUUUUAAAUACUCUCCAACAUACAUAAAAUAGUUCUGAAAACGGUGCUAUACGGUAUCCCAGUGACCCCCAGGGAAAUUGGCCUCUGUACAGCUGGAAUCUGGGUACUACGGGAAAAAACACACUAUUGUAAAUCCCCAAAGAACCUGUUUUGUCUGAUGCACUGUAGUUGUUCUGAAUCUCAAAGUCUAGAAGCAGCUGAACAAAGGGUAACUAUUUCAUCUAAUCCAGAAGUUUAGUGAUCUUAAUUUUUCUGAAGAGUUAUCUGUAAAAAGAGUUGAAAAGUCAUUCACAAGGUUCAAGUUUUCCAUGACCUUAGCAUCUUAGUAAGAACUUAGAUGAUCAUACAGUUCAUUCUGUUAGUGGUAAACGAAAACACAGCACAGGCCAUGUAUAGGGUGUGAUUUUUUUCCUUUCUGAAGGAACACCACGAAGUUUAUAACCUGACUUCGUAGGUUUCUAAGUCAGUAUCCAUGUGAUUAACAUGACUAGUGCAAAGUAAUCAGGCUCUAGAAAGAGCGUUUCUCCUGCCAGUUUCCUAAUAGUGAAAUACAAAGUUAGAUUUUAAUGUACUCAGAUGAGAUUCCUGUUCUGGCAGGUCUCCCCCCACCUUACAAACUGUCAUUGUUUCAGAAUAAAGAACAAGCCGAAAGUUUGUUAAGUCGAGAAGGUAUCAGAGAAGACUCGUCUACUGUUUUGGUACCUUCCUCAUAGUAGCAGGUAAGCAUUUUGUAAGCUUGAGAAAAAGUAACCUUCUCUAUGAACGAGAAUGACAUUUAAUGACAGCUUAGUAACACCAAAGGGAAAAGGAAGAAAUAAACUAGAGUGGGUUGUUCAAUUCCCACAAAUGAAGUGAACUGUUUACUGAACAGGGUAAUUCAUUAAUUGUUCAGGCAGUACACCACAGCUCAAGUGACAGCCUUACAAGUUCAAAUUAGUUUCUUCUGACAAAGGGCUGUAUGCAAGAAUAGUACAGUUGGGCCUGUUCCAGAGAUUUUGUUUACAACUUCCUUCACAUAAAGUGAAGAAGAACGCAACAAACUUCAGCAUUGAAUGGGUUUUGUGUCUCAACAACCGCAUGUCCUGGACCUCAAAAGCCUACAGUUCAGAUGUAAUCCAAAUAUGUAGAAUGAACAGAAUAUAGUAUCAACAAACAGGAAGAAUCCUAUAGUGUUGUUGUUGUUUUUAAUUUACAAUAGGGUCUCAUUAAAAAGUGCAAGUGGGACAUACCUCAGUUAGCUGAUAAAUAAUAACAGUCUAUUAACUUUUCAUUAAAGUCUUUAAUAGAUGUGCAAGAAUAUAAAUGAUCUUAGCUGUUAUGGAUUAGUAUACCGUCUUCUGCACAAAUAAAACUGGUCAGCAAAGAUCUCAACUAAUUAAUUAUACAAAACUACAAGAACAUAUUUACUGUUUUACAAUCAUUAAAUUAGCUAGAAUUUUCAUUUACUAUUUCAAAUAAGACAACUAUGUAUCAUAACCAGAUCCAUUUGUAAUAUAUUAGGAUUUUUUUUCAAACCACACAUUUAAUUACAUCCUUCAUUUUCUUUUAUUUAUAAAACAAGUACUUUAUAUAAAAAAAUUUCCCCUUCAUUAUGAACAGAACAUUAUUCAUACACUUGCACAUGAGCAACCAAACUUGUAUCCAGCAAACUAUUUGGCAACACAGCAACAUUGUAAAUGCCUGUAAAUUUUUAAAUAAAUCAAGUAUUCUUUAC